AUGAAGGCCGCCACCACCAUCUUCAAAGAUCGACGCCACCACCAAAAAGCAUCGAUUUUCGUCGAAGACAAUCGAACUCUCAAUUUUUUGGUGAUCUGUAAACACUCUCCUUCUUUGGAUCUAGAUUGUCAUAGUUGUCUUCAGUUUUCAGAAAACGAUCUAGAAUGUUGUUGUCGAUUUAGAACAUCGCCGCCACCAUUUAUCUUCUCCAGUUGCGUCGUCAUCAUAUGUGUUCGAGAAAGAGAUUGGCGAUGUAUAAAAACCAUUGAUGCUCAUCAGAGUUGUUCAUCAAUGGAUGAAGGUUCUUUUCAAACUUCGUAUUCAACCUCCAAAUUCAUCUUGUUCUACUACGAACAACUGGUGGCCUAA